CACCCCCGGUUUCCCUGAUAAACCAGACUGAACCCGGCCCCGACAACGGACAGGUUCAUGCUUUUUUGGUUUCAGUCCUUCUUUCUGGCUCUGUUUCCUCUCUCUCCCACUCACACACACACUCUCUCUCACUCUCUCUCACUCUCUCUCUCUCUCUCUCCCACACAUACACAAACAAACAUCUUACGUCUUUUUUUCCAACACCACACUCCAGGAAAGGUUGUCGCAAAGACCGAAGAACGUCAGUCACAAUGGCGGAAAUCAGCGACGCCGAGCUCCGCGAGAUCUACGACUUUGCCGUCCAAGUGGGCAAAGAAGCCGGGGACCUGCUCAUGACGGCCGCCAAGUCGAGAUGGGCGACCGGAGGACAGCAGCAGGCCUUUACAGAGAAGGACAACUCGGUGGACUUGGUGACCAAGACAGAUACAGAAGUCGAGGCCUUCAUCCGCACAUCUGUCGCAAACAAGUACCCUGGUCACAACUUCCUCGGCGAAGAAACAUAUUCGGCCGGCGCAUCUCGCGACUACCUCGUCGACGACAGGCCGACUUGGAUCGUCGACCCCCUCGACGGCACCGUCAACUUCACCCAUCUCUUCCCCAUGUUCUGCGUCUCCAUUGGCUUCGCCGUGAAAGGGAAGCCCGUCAUCGGCGUCAUCAACGCGCCCUUUUUGAACCAGACCUUCUCCUCCUGCAAGGGACACGGCGCGUGGAUGAACGAGACACAGAGACUACCUCUCGUCCUGAGCCCGCUGCCGGCCAAUGCGCCGAGCGGAUGCGUCUUCUCAUGCGAGUGGGGAAAGGACCGCCGGGACACGCCCGACGGCAACAUGCACCGCAAGGUCGAGAGCUUCAUGAACAUGGCUGCUGAGCGUGGGGGAAGAGGCGGAAAGGGCGGCAUGGUGCACGGCAUGAGGAGCCUGGGGAGUGCCACUUUGGAUCUGGCCUACACAGCCAUGGGGUCCUUCGAUAUCUGGUGGGAGGGUGGUUGCUGGGAGUGGGACGUCGCUGCUGGAUUCGCCAUCCUCGAGGAGGCCGGGGGUUUGGUGACGGUGGCAAACCCCCCAGAAGAUACGAGCAUCAUUCCCGAGGCGAAGCUGGGCGGCAGGCUCUAUCUUGCCAUCCGGCCCGCGGGACCCACCGACACAGAGACGGGACGCGAAGCGCAAGAGAGAGUUGUGCGGGAGACGUGGAAGCGCGUAAGACACCUGGAAUACUCGAGACCCGGAGCGUAGAGCUUGUAUACAGAAGUAGAAGAAGUACAAGACGUAGAGGAAGCAAGCCAAAUGAUAAGUCAAAUGAGAAGAAUAAGAGGAAACAAAACAAGUUAGGGGAAACGCACGCUCCGGUUUAGAGAUCAGCUCUAGCUUGCUCUCCAGCCCACGCUCUGCGGAUGAUUUCGCGGAUCUUGGUCUUUUCAAGGGCCCGAGGGUUCCAAUACGGAGUGUCCAAAGCGAUGUCUGCGACGCGAUCAAUGUCCGCCUCUUGCAUCCCAAUGUUCUUGAGCCCGACGGGUAUCUCCAGAAGGCGGAGCAGCUCGUUGAGGCCAGCCACAAUGCCUUCGACCGAGUCCUCGGUGCUCUGCGCGAGAGCGGAAGAUAGCCUGGCCCUGGUGUCCCCGGAGAACGACUGCGCGUUGUACGCGAUGCUGUGGGGUAGAAAGAUGGAAUGCGUCUCGGCGUGAGGAAGGCCCAGAGUGCCGCCCGCCGCGUGGGCCAGCUUGUGCUGCAACGCAAUCCCUGUCGCCGUCGCCAUCAUGCCGGCCAGGAAGGCGCCGUAGAGGGCCGACGUGCGCGCCUCGACCGACAAGGGGUUGGAGACGAUGGCGGGCAAGGCGCCCGACAAGGCCCUGAUGGACUCGAGAGCGAAGUGGUCCGUCAGCGGGCUGGCCUGCCGCGAGUACAGCGCCUCAAACGAAUGCGCCAUGGCGUUGAUGCCGCUCGGGGCGGCCACUUUGGCGGGCAGGUCCAUGGUCAGCUCGACAUCGUAGAUGACGACCUUGGGCAGUAUCCUGGGGUCGGUCGUCGACGUCUUCUUGCCGUCCUUGGUCUCCCCGAUGAUGGGCGUCAUCUCCGAGCCGGAGUAUGUCGUCGGGAUGGCCACCUGCGGCAUCCCGGUGCGAAGCGCAACCGAUUUGCCUAGACCGACUGCACUGCCGCCCCCGACCGAGACGAGCACAUCCCGAUCCUCGGCACGGCGCACGGCAGGGCCGAUGAUGUCGCUGGGGUUGUGCACUUUGGCCGUGUCGAGGAUCUCAACGUCGGUGAAUCCUGCCUCGCUCAGGCCGUCCUGAAUUCUUCGGGCGAGAGACGCACGCGAUGGCGAGCAGAUGAUGAGCGGCUUCGAGAGGCCUCGAGCCCGAAGCUCGCCACUCAGUUCAUUGACUGUGCCCGGGCCGAAAAAGACCUUGGGCGUGGUGAUGCCAAAGACGAACGGGUUGAUGGUGUCCAUUACGGGCAGGUGCAGGGUGAGUAUCUGUAUAUAUGCGUGUGCGUGCUGGGUUUCUCCGAAAUGAUGUUUGCCAAAAAAGCAAACAAAAGACAGAGACAAGAAUCACCGGUCAAGGUGCUUAGUUGUGUCAUCGGCGGGGGCGGGGUCCGACCGGUUUUCGGACCCGGCGGCAGCGCCCGGCAGUCAACUAGCCGGUCGGGAAGUGGAU